AUGUAUGACCGGGCUCCCCGCGUGCUCAGAUAUGCCGAAGGUGGCAGCACUGAGGAUCAUGUGGGGCCUGGAUCCUACCAGGUACCUUUCCCGAAGCAGCAGGCAACAGGUGGCUAUGCACCAUUCCUUUCUUUGGUUACCAGAGAAAGUACAUUUACUGUUGCCUCUAACACCGAGGAAGCUGUUCCAGGUCCAGGACGCUAUAAUAUUUCAGAAAAACAGAAAACUUCAAGGUCACCUGCAGUUUUCAGAAUUGCUGUUCCUUCAAUUCCUUCUUAUGGACAGUCAUAUGGGUAUCAUAUUAAUGAUGAUGACAGUAUUAGAAAACAUUCUCCACCUGCUAAUGAUAGCACACUGGGUCCAGCAUACUAUAAACCUCAAUUUGAUUUUUCCAGUGCAACUUUAAAAUACAAGGGAAUACAUUUUGGCAAAUCUUUGGGAAGACUACAGUUACCUAUAAAGUCAGGGCCUGGUCCUGGACAGUAUGAUAUAGCCCAGAAAAAGACAACCCAUUAUGAAAAUAUUAACAUCAAGAAAGAUCAACCAAAAAAUUAUUGCUUACAUCUCCCACGAUAUUAUGAAGUAAUAAUAUUGCAGGAGGAAAAAAAGAGAUUUGCACCUAUGAAAUCAACCAUCCCAGCUCCUGGCACAUAUAAUGAAUCUCGAACUGCUUUCAAGCCCUUGAAGAAAAAACCAACAUCAAAAGAGACCCCAUUUGGUCAAAGUGCUGCUCGAUUCCAAGAGGACUCCAAGACAGAGGAAAUGCCAGGUCCUGGGUUUUAUAAUAUCCUAAACAAUACUGUCAUCGACAACUCUAGCAAAGCGUGCUUAAAGAAACAAAGGAAAAGUGCAUUUGGGUCUUCUGUUCCUCGGACUUUCUUCUUGCAUCAGAAAGAAGCUUUUACUACUCCUGGGCCUGCUGCUUAUCAGGAUAUUUCAGUACCAGGCUGCUGCGGUGUUCAAAACUUAUAUGAGAUGUCACAAGUUCAACGGAGAUACUUUCCACCUUGUAGUUCUGUGGAUAAAAUAAAACAUACCACCUUUCUUAGCACAACUCUUCGGUGCCUGUACAAAAUAACUGAAGGACCAGAUAAGUAA